AUGACAUUCUAUUCAUCUGUGAUAUCGACAGCAUCACAAUCAUUUCAUUCAAUUACACCAUGGAAACAAUCGAUUGUACUUCAAUUGAAUCAUCGAAAUAAUAUACAAACCAAUGCAAUGGCCGAAGUUGUAAAGAACUAUCACGACUUGUUGAAGCGUCAAAGAAGUUUGGUAGACCUUAAUCAAAUCUAUGAAAAGGAGAUUGUAACUCUAAGAAAUGAGAAGCGAGGUGAUAAAGGUUCUUCAAAUAAUCAAUCAACUAAUAAUUCAAGUGUUGGAGGAUCAAUGUCAAGAGGUAAAACAAUUGAAGAAUUGGAAAAUAAGAUAUAUAAAUUACAAGAAGAUUUGACAAGUAGUUAUAAGAGGAGUGCAGACAAUGCAUCUAGUCUUUUAUCGUUGACAGACAAGAACAAGGACCUUCAAAACGAAUUGAUAUCAAAGGAUAUUGAGCUUGAAAAGGUUCGACACAUACUCAAUGGCAGUGAAGACAAUUACAAGAAAUUGGAAUAUGUCAUCGAGGAAAAGACAACGGUCACUCAAAUCCUAAAAGAUGAACUGUCGGCACUACAAGCAGAGUUUUUACACAAUGAAAGCAAGGUAAUCAAGUUGGAACAGGAAAAUGGUGAAUUACUUGAACGUUGGAUUAGAAAAAAGAAUGAAGAAGCCAGUAAAAUGAAUGAAGCAAAUGAUUUCUAUCAUAGAAUGGUUGAACAAAGAGAAAAUUUUAAAUCAAGUGACGAAUUUAUAAAUAUAAAUAAUAUACCAAAUCAAGAAGUUAGACUUGAUUUAUCUGGUUUAUCUUUAAUGGAAAAACAAGGAGCACCACAAUCAAUGUUACCAUCAAAAUCAAGAAAGAAAUGGGUAGCACAUAAUUCAGAGGUAUAUUGUUUGGCAUAUAAUUCGACGGGACAUUUAUUUGCAAGUGGUAGUAGCGACAAGAGUGUCAAGUUGUGGGAUGCAUUCUCGGGCAACCACAAGACCACUUUGUUGGGUGCAUCACAGUCUAUCAUGGCUGUACAAUUCUCACCAAACGACGAACACAUUCUAGGCACGAGUAACGAUAACUCGGCACGUCUGUGGAACGUCGAGUUGGGACGACCACGUCACACACUGACUGGACACAUUGGUAAAGUGUACACGGGUAAAUUCUUUGCUGGAUCGGACAAGGUCGCCACGGGUAGUCACGAUCGUACCAUUAAACUAUGGGAUUUGCAAAAGGGGUAUUGCAACCGCACGAUAUUCUGUUUCUCGAGUUGUAAUGAUCUAUUGCCACUGAGUGGCGGCUCGACCAUUGUGUCUGGUCAUGUCGAUCACUCGAUUCGUUUCUGGGAUAGUAAUACCGGUGAACCUAUACAUGUGUUGACGGGUGUCCACGAAGGUCAGGUAACUUCCAUCUCACAGUCACUCGAUCCAUUCACCAUUCUCACCAACUCGAGAGACCAUACACUCAAACUGAUCGAUGUCAGAACCUAUGAAACCAUUCGUACGUUCAAAGACCAAGACUACCGCAACGGUCUCAACUGGACCCGUGCCGCUUGGUCUCCCGACUCUGCAUACAUUGCUUCUGGAUCAAUCGAUGGUUCAGUUUGUGUUUGGAAUGCUCAUACCGGUAAAACUGAAAAAAUUAUUACUAAAAUUCAUAAUACUGGAUCAUCUGUUUGUAGUGUAGUUUGGAGUCCAUUGGGUAAUUCAUUCUUGAGUGGUGAUAAAGAUAAGAAUAUAGUUUUAUGGGAUUAA